AUGACGAACACUACUCUCACAGCGCUUAUUACACUUUUUAUCAUUGUCAUCCUGUUGGUUCAUUUACAACAUAAACGAACUGUGACAAUGCUCCUGACUACGAAUACAUAUAUGGGUAUAUUAGCAUUUUCUAUUGUGCUCCUAUCAACAAGCAUUGAUGUUCUCAAAGCAGAUGUGCUCGGAAUGAGUGUGUUGAGCGAAAAGUCACUAGUUGCAUGUCAAUUUCAAGGAUUUCUCAUCUACGAACGCUUCGGCUGCUGUUAUUCGAGUUUUGUUCUUCAGGCAAUCUAUCGAUUACUACGAGUUCUAUAUCCCAGACGGCUGUUCUUACAAUCCUUCAAAUUCAAUUUCAUUUGUAUUAUAAUACAGUGGAUUGUGUGCUUUCUUUUAACACUGCCGUCGUUUAUUUACCGAGAUGCAUUUUUUGUACUGUACAAAUUAGACUACUGCUGUGGCCUUCGGUAUGAGAGAGUUCCUCAGUUUUUGUAUAUAAUCUUCAACGUAUUUGUGCUGCCACUUAUUUAUAUGAGUAUCAUCUAUGCUCGACUAAUCUACUUUGUAAGUCAUCAAAACCUACAAUUACUACAAACACAACAAGGAAGAAGAGCACAACGUGAUUACAUCAUUAUGCGUCGUAUCUUAUUAACAAUGAUUAUUCUUGUUUUGGCAGGAAUCCCAAACCUUGGUUUAGCUUUCUUAGUACAUUUCAAGCCGAACUUAUCUGGUGAUUACUAUAUGUACCGAAUUGAAUGGAUGGUUCCAUCAGUCUCAAUGCUAACUCUUAGUAUCGGACUUGUGUUUAUCACGCCACGGCUGACAAUUGUUGUGGUGAGCUGUCUACAACGAAAGAACCAAGUAGUACCUCAAGACAACAUCAGAUUUUAA